GACUCUUCUCUUGUCUCUCUGCAUCUCUCUCGUCUCCUUCGCCCCCACCAGGCCACCACCUCCAGCCAGCCAGCCGAGAAAAAAAAAAAGCAGUCGGGGGUGAUUGGAUUGGAGGCUUGGAACUUGGAGCUGGCACCUGGCGGCACAAAGCACAGCAAAGCAAAGCAAAGCACCCGAUUCGAUUCCUAGGUUAGCCACCCGGCUUUUUUUUUUCCAGCCAUCCUUCCAUGGCUCUCUUGCUUGAUCGAUCUUGAUUGCCCGCCUCAGAGCUCCUUCCCUCUCCUCUUCUCCUGACUUCUCGCUCUUGCCGGUGGCCGGAGGAGCCGAGGCCGAGCUGGCUGCCCGCCUACCGGCCGGCCGGCGUUGUGGUCGAUCGGGUUAGGCAAGCAAUUUCGCACGGCAAUUGAGCCAGCGCGGCGAUUGGUUGAGCCGUCUUCCACCAUUGCGCCGGCAGCAGCCGGUCUUGCCUCGCCAGCAGCGGAAAGGCGCUUUUUUCUUGGGCCAUGGCAUGCGCGGCGGCGCACAUGUUCGCCUACAACGCCACCCUCUGCGCCUGCGACCCCGGGUACUACCUCCGCGCCAGCAGCGGCGGCGGCAACGGCAGCAGCAGCUGCGCGUCGCUGCCGGGCGGCGGCGGGGGCGGCGGCGGGUUCGGCGACUGGCAGGUGGGGUCGGUGGGCGCGACGCGGAACCAGAGCUUCUACUUCCUCACCCCCGUCCUCUCCCUCGACGUCGUCCGACGCCUCACCCAGUCCCAGGCCGUCCUCCUCUGGGUCGCGCUCGCCGCGCUCCUCUCCUGGUUCGCCUUCUGCGCCGGCGCCAGGUUCGCCGGCCAGGACCCCGCCCGCCACAAGAAGCUCUUCGAUACCCGGUUCUGGAUCAGCCGCCUCGACUGCAUCUUCGACAACAACCACUACGCGGAUGAUCAGCAAGUACUGAAGAAAAGAAAAACAGAGCUGGGUGGUACGUUCUCGGUGGCUACCUUGAUACUCUUCCUCGGACUAGUCACCGUGCUGCUGUAUCAAACCAUCAAAAGACGCAAUGUUGAAGUACAUCGAGUUAAACCAGCUAAUGCGCCGGAUCUGCUGAACUUUGUGAACGAUCUUGAGUUUCACAUAACCACAGUCUCAAGCAUGUCCUGUGCUCAAGCAGUCGCACCUUCUACAGUAGCAAUGGGAACUCCUGGGUUUAUGGACUUCAGGGUGCAGCCUCUGUCAACGCUCUUGACCUACAGUUGCCAGAACACGAGCGAUGGGCCAUCUAUUACACUCAAGUGCAAUGGCUGCCGAAUCCCUCCAAGAGACCACUAUGUAUCCUGGCAGUUUGUUGACAUGCCCAGGCAACCAGCUGCCGCUGUUGGCUUCCAAUUUAACCUGACUGCAAAGCAACAUGGAGAUAACAGUGACGUCAGCUUUGUGAGUGGUACUAUAAGAUCCAACAAUUUCUCUGAUGAUAAUCUGAAGACUUUUAGAGGGCGAGACUCCAAUGUGCUCAAGAUUCAAUUGUUUCCUCAAAUAUAUAACAACCAUCAUGGCUUGAGGCUCUUGCAGCCACUCCUUCAGGACUUCACUCAAGGUUCUACCUUUUCAGAUGUGAAUAGCUUAAAUGCUUCCCUGCAGAACCCUAGUGACGGAUUGAUAAAUACUACGCUCUACAUAAGUUAUCUUUCUGACUAUAUCGUGGAGAUCAACAAUGAAAGUGUGUUAGGCCCAGUUAGUAUAAUUGCAAGUAUUGGUGGCCUGUAUGCCUUCAGUGUGGCAAUUUUCCUGUGCCUCAUGGCUCAAUGUGAAGGAAGGAUAAAGAAGCUCCGUGAUGAGGAUACCAGAAUGCUGAAAAUUUUGAGCAAACAACGUGCUCAGCAAAAUUGGGACAAGGUGCGGAAGUUUGUCAUGUACACCUGGGGUCCUAGCAACUUGGAUCCGACUGAUAGAAGCGGCAAGUGGCCUGAAGGUUCAGUGAUGGAUUCCCUCCACGGAUCCUUCCACAAGAGAAGAAAACCUAUCAAAAGGGGAACCUCCAAUGGGAGUAAACCUAAGAAGCCUGCUGAUAUGGCAAUUGAAAUCGAAAGAGUUGGAGAGAUACAACAGCCAAGCAGUUCUAGAUAGACUUGAUGGAUGGAUGUUCUGUUUGCAAUGCAUCUGUGAUCACGACGUUUCCGACAUGACCAUGCUUCCGGAGAGGGUUGUCUAUAUCAAGAAUGUAGUUAGAGACAAGUGGCAAUUGUACAGAGUGAGGUUGCAGGGCUGUAGCAUCAGGGUUGGGGAUGCUGCUGGUUAGGAAGCGAGAGAUGGGGAAUUGCAUUGCCGUUUUAAGUUGGAGCUGGCUGCUUCAGAGGUCUGUGUCCCCCUUUGAUUUCUUAGACGGGAUUGCUAUUCUUUUCUUGAGUUGUAGAUGUUGAUCGGUGAUCAUCGAUGUCUGUAUUUGAUUGAAGCACUUCCUUUAAUCUCCCUUGAUGUCAAUUGCAAUUUGGAAAUUAGGAAGAGAAGAGGAAACACAGCUCUUAUUCUUUUUUAUUUAUGCAAUGGAUAAUUAAUUGUUUUGUUUCUUCAA